AGUAGAGUAAUCUACCUGGCAGUAUACUAGCUGACACGCAGACUACUAUCAAGCGCUUGAGACCGGAGAACACGUUCGCGCAACAUCACCAACAUUUUACGGACCCAAGUUGGUUAAAAUAAUAUGAAUCUGAACUAUACGUCUCCGGUGCCUCAGGUGCCCGUCCAGAGGUCAACGUCGUUUUUCAUCGAAGAUAUCUUAUUACACAAACCGAAACCCCUAAGAGAUGUAUUUCACUCGCCGUUUUCCACCUCCCUUGCGUCCCGGAUGCCUCUCCUAGAAUAUGGAUACCCACUGAUGCCCACACCGAUACUGGCGCCUCACCCGCACCAUCCUCUCCACAAGCCAGAGCAUCACCAAUACUUCUUUACAUCUGGAAUGCAAAUGCCGGCGUUAUUUCAGCACCAUCCGGAUUUACCGGGAAAGCAUUGCAGACGCAGAAAGGCAAGAACUGUCUUUUCUGAUUCCCAAUUAUCUGGCCUGGAGAAGAGAUUUGAAAUUCAACGGUAUCUUUCUACACCCGAGCGAGUGGAGUUGGCAACAGCGCUAAGCCUGUCAGAAACUCAGGUGAAAACAUGGUUUCAAAACAGACGGAUGAAGCAUAAGAAACAGCUAAGGAAAACGCAGGAUGACCAGAAAAAUUCAAAUGACUUAGAUAGAUCGGUGGAAAACUCAAGCGAGAGUGAGAUCAACGAAAAAAGCACUGAGGACAUUAGCAAAACGGGGAUCGACGCGGACUCAUACAUGAUCGAAGAAAACGAGGACGAUGUUGAUAUCGAAGACGACAUCUGUUCACCAGAACAUUUACUAUAGGCCUAAUGCAAAAAAGCAAUUGUUUGAAAUGUAAAUAUUUUGUCUUUACAAUAUGAUAUGUAAUUAUAUAAAUAUAUCCUACACAUUGCCUUUUUAACAGAACAAUUACAAUAUUGCAAAUAUUUAU